GUCAUCAUUAGUGGACAAAGCAUGUCUCACGGGUUCAUGUAGACGCCACAGACAGUUUAUAUAACAGACAACACACUGAGUCCUCAGAGAAAUGGCCUCAGACAAUGCUUCUAAAGUCUCCUCUCUGAAGGGGAAAGUCACUCUGGUGACCGGGGCCAGCUCGGGCAUCGGGGCAGGGACGAGUCUCCUGUUCGCUAAACUCGGAGCUUUGCUGGCUCUGAACGGACGAGACGUGGAGAACCUGGAGAAGGUGGCUCAGCAGUGCGUCGACUGUGGAGCAGCUCAGCCUCUGCUCGUUCCCGGAGACCUGACGGACGAGGAGACGGUGAAGAAGACGGUGGAGCAGACCAUCGCUCACUUCGGCCGCCUGGACGUCCUGGUGAACAGCGCCGGUAUCCUGGCCAUGGGCGGCAUCGAGACCUCGGACCUGGCCCAGUACGACCGCGUCAUGAACAUCAACGUCAGAUCUGUCUACCAUCUGACUCAACUGUGUGUCCCACACCUGAUAAAGACCAAAGGCUCCAUCGUCAACGUGUCCAGCGUCAAUGGACAGAGAUCAUUCCCUGGUGUGUUGGCCUACUGCAUGUCCAAGUCGGCCAUUGACCAGUUCACACGUUGUAUAGCACUGGAGCUGGCUUCAAAGCAAGUCCGAGUGAACUCUGUGUGCCCAGGUGUGAUCAUCACAGAUGUCCACAAGAGAGCAGGACUGGAUGAGGAGCAGUAUGCUCAGUUUCUCGCCAAGUGCAAACAGACCCACGCCCUGGGUCGGCCAGGCGAGGUGGAGGAAGUGGCCCAGAGCAUCGCCUUCCUGGCGUCCGACGCUUCCAGCUUCAUCACCGGAGUCAACCUGCCUGUGGACGGCGGUCGCCACGCCAUGUGCCCGAGAUGAGGCUGUGUAUUUUAACAUAGAGCGGUUCUGCUAAUAUAAAACUUUCAAACUCUCACAGUCUCUGAGUCUCUGUAUCCAUCGACACUGUGGUUGACAGAAUUCGCCGCAUUGCCACUAAAAUUAAACCGAGGAGAAAUGUUGCGGAGAGGGAAACAAACAACGAGGCAUAACUUCAAGGACUCCAUUUUUCUCUGUGUUUACAACGGCACAAGCUGUCAGGACGUUGACAGUUCCAGGUGUGAAGUGAACAGAAGGAGGGAAAAAAUGUACUUUUCCAAACAGGCAGUUUAAAUGCAUUUUGUUAUCUCGCUUUUGCUUUUUCGCUAUGAAAUGUUCAACGAUGAGAGAGAGAGAGAGAGAAAAACUUCAAGCUGCUUCUCAACAAAGGUUUCAGAACAUUUAUUAAAUUACCUUUUUCAUUAGACUUCAUUCACACGGCAUAAAAUGUCUGUACAGACCUGUGA